AUGGAAAUCAAGUUUCAAAGUUUUUUUCAUGCAAGUUAUGCGGUAGACAGAAUUCCAGAACCUGACCUGGAUCCAGGACCUUCAGCUGAUUCUCCUGCACCAGCUCCAGCACCAGUAGAAUCACCUGAAUCAUCUUUAGGACCUCAACAGGGAGUUUUUGAUGUGAAUCAGUAUGGAGCAACCGUUGAUGGAGAGACAGAAAGUAGCAAAGCAUUCUUAGCCACAUGGGAUGCCGCUUGCAGUUAUGCAGGAAACUCCACCUUCUGCGUUCCUGAGGGUGAAUUCUUUGUGGGUCCAAUCUCAUUCGCUGGCCCUUGCUACAACAACCAGUCCCUGGAAGUGAAGAUUGAAGGGACUUUGAUAGCUCCUUGUAGCUUGAACGACUUUCCUGAUUCUAACUGGAUCGAGUUCAAACAAUUGAAUGGAAUGGUUCUCUAUGGCAGCAAUGGAGUGACAAAUUUCGAUGCGCAGGGAGCUGUCGAAGCCUGGAGACAGAUCAGCUGCCGCAAUUCAAUGGGAUGCAAAGAACUGAUUGCCUCACUAAAGUUCUCUAAUAUUUCUGAUGGGACUAUCCGCAACGUCACCCUGAUAAACACCCUCUCUUGUAAAACUAACAUCUAUGUGAAGAACGCCAGUGGCUCUUACAACUCCGAUUCUGCAGUGAAAUUGCUCUGCAGUUCGAGCGUCCCCUGUGAGACUAUAAGUCUCACUGAAAUAAAUUUGAACUACACAAUACCAGACAAUCCUAGGCAAGGUUUGAAUGUGAAGGGUGUUGUUAAUAGUUUGGAAGUUAACAAUUCUAGCUUCUAA